UCGUUGUGUUGUUGCACCAGAGCUGCUGUCAUGUGAUGAUAGCCCGUCCGAGAAGCUGCUGCUGUUGACAGUAGCUUCCUUCCUUUAGAUGAAGCUAAAGUAAAAAACCAAGUCGGAGAAAAGUUUUAUGUGUGCCGGAAAAAAAGAGAAACAACACGGCUGGUUUCUGACGGAGAACAGGAGGGACGCCGGGGUUGACGGACGCUGACAUGGGUUGCUGUUACAGCAGCGAGAAUGAGCCCACAGAGCAGGACCCUGAAGAACGUAAGCCGCUGAUUCCCCACCCGAACAUUGCCAACAAACCCCCAAAUGGGACCGACUGGAUCACCAGUGUCCCCUCAGCGAGAACGGAUGAACAGGCCCUCCUUACGUCCAUCCUCACCAAGACAGCACAAAACAUCAUCGAUGUCUCAGCAGCUGACUCUGUCAUGAUGGAGCAGCAUGAAUACAUGGACAAAGCUCGGCAAUACAGUACAAAGCUGGCUGUGUUAAGCAACAGUCUGCCCCAGAAGAAAGCCCUCGCUCUCCCUUCCCUCACCAGCCAGCCCCACCAAGUGCUUGCAAGUGAUCUGGUGCCAUACUCAGAUGUUCAGCAGGUGUCUAAGAUAGCAGCUUACGCUUACAGUGCAAUCUCUCAAAUCAAAGUGGAUGCUAAAGAAGAACUGGUGGUCCAGUUUGCCAUUCCCUGAUUCUGCAACCCUGGCCCGCAUAUUGUUCCUCCCCUCCCGCUCUCUCUGUGUCACUUCUGCAUCCUCGCCCUCCAGCCCACCCUCUAUUAAAGCAUCUUGGUCCUUUUGCUUCUUACAGUAGCUAUGCCUCUAACUGCUAUAAAGACAGAGACAAUGCAGGAUGGCACCCUAUGGCUGUCCUUUAGUGUACUUAAUUAUGGGUCUGUGACAAAUUGUCAGCAUGGGCAAUGAAAGGUGAAGGUGGGCUAUUCGGGUGUGUUCUCAUAUUUACAACAAUAAGGCCCCCCUCUGUACGUAAUGAGUGGAUCACAGUCUGAACCAGCUGUGGGGAAAUCACCAUUCAUUCUUUCUUUUAACGGUUUUCAUUGUCUUUAUUUAGUUCAUUUCUGUAGCCUGUGUACUCAGGCAAGCAUUGGCAGACUUAUCUUAAGAUAUGGAAGUAUAUGCAGUGUAGUCGCCUGGGACAGAGCUGAAAGAUCUUUGGCACAAUGCAAUGGCUCUUGGUGUAUAUACUCAUAUAUACAAUCUCAACUGGAACAGGAGCAAUAAGGAAUUUCUGUGGCGUGGAAGACUGUAAAUUAUCACAGCAGUGGUUGAGUAUUUAGCCAUUUAUCGGGAUAAAACUUGCAGCAGGGCAUAAAGUUUGCACUUCAUGUAUCUUUAAUCCUGUUCUCUUGACCAGGGGAAAACAAAGUAGAAAAUAGAGCCAUAAAAAUCAGAAUGUGUUUUAAGAUGUCAUAAAAAAUUUAGAAGGAUGCAACAUCCCUCAGUAAUCCGGUGUCACGCUGCAGCCAGAACCAUGUCUCACUACGACCUAAACAUGAACCAGUGAACCAACCUGUCUUUAGUCAUUUUCAUUGACAUUUCAUUGUCAUGUUUAAAAAACUGAUGGUGAAACGUCUUGGGUUGGUUAUUUGUUCUCCAGUUGUUAAUCUCAUAUUCCAUUUAAGGCUAAAUCAUGCGUGACCUGUCCAUGGCUGGUGCCCUUUGGUGGGUGAGGAAGCAAACACAAGCAGGGUGGUGCUGGGUGGGCCUACUGAGGCCACAGGGGGAAGGUGGAGCUUUCUCGGGGCACAAGUUCUUGAGUUUACAGACAGUAAUGUGCCCUCUGCAGUUUUCUAGCACUAAAAAAACUGGCAGACUCUUUAAAUUAAAUCCCAGAUCUUUACAUACUUAAUAGCAGUGGAGGCAUACAGAGAUGGAGGGGGUGGGUGUGUGGAGGGUGCAGGGAUAGAUAUCAUGUAUUCAUGCCGCCUUUGUACAGAAUUUUCUGAUUGAAUAUAAAAACAUGAUGGAUUGUAUGAAGUUCCUCUUUUUGUAGAGAGUUCAUUGGUCGGGAUUGGCUAAGAUCUUGUGGUGAUAAAAAUGUUUUUAUGAAACACAAGAACACUUUUAAGCCUGUAUUUGUUAGCUUUUUGUUAACGAAGCUUUUUGCUGCAGAUUGUAAUAUGACUGGGUUGUUCAUAUUAAUCAGAAACUAACCAUUGUAGCAGUGUGGGCGAGCGCUAACAAUCUAUGUACCACAACAGAUAAAAUGAUCUGAGACCUUUUUGUGAUUAUUUAUUUGUGUUUUUAAAUGUUUUUUUGCUCUUUGGAGGAGAGCACAUGACUAUAUGCGUGUGCAGGGAGCACGGUGAGCCGCUCUGGAGUCUCUAAAGGGAUGAUCUGCAAGGCUGUGAUUAUUUCAACCACGCAAUUGAUUUGAGCUUUUUUGCAAUGGGUUCUUGGCAUUUUUUUUCUGUUUCGUUUGUUACUCAAAUGUGUUAUACUACCUGAAAUAUGUUUGUUAUAUCUUUAGGCUAGUACCAAAAAGUUUUAAGGUUUUUUUUUUGUUUUUGUUUGAAUUAACUCAUUAAAGAUUUUCAACAUAA